CUAGACAACACACACACAGGAUCACAAACACACACAGGACAACACACUCACGCAAACACACACACUAGAACUACAAGGUGCCAGAGGAUCCCAGAUACGCAGAAAGAGAGGGAGGAUGAGAGAGAGAGAGAGAGAGGGAGAGGGAGGAUGAGAGAGAGAGGGAGAGGAAGGGAGAGAGAGAGAAGAGUAGAGCACCUCAGUCGACUGCAGGGAAGACCAUGGGGGCUCUGACGGGGCUUCUCUCUGCGCUAGUGGCUCUACUGUGGACCCUCCCUCCAGGGUCUUUGGGUGAGGAGGAAUGCAGUGGUUUCAGACACCUGGAGAACGGUAGAACAUUCUUCCGCUACAGGGGGCUGUAUGUGACGUUCACCUGUAACCCUGGCUACAAGAUCCAUGGUUAUAGAACCAACAGCUGUGUGUCUGGACAGUGGUCCAGGGAACCUCCUGUGUGUGUUGGCUCUGGGUGUCCCAGCCCUGGGGAUCUCACGCAUGGGGUUACAAGUGUGACAGAUGAUGGGUCCUGGGUUCUCUUCAGCUGUGAUGCCGGCUACAGGCUCUAUGGACACUCACUGCUCUACUGCAAGGGCCAGAACUGGAACGGCACCAAGCCUGUCUGCAAGGAGUCUGACAUGAUGAGUUCAGGGAAGCAGAAGGAGCCAACGGUCCCGAUGCCCGGGAUCCAGAACCAGAACCUUGACGCUCCGUUCGCUCUGAAGAACCAUCUACGGCUUCACUACAAUACCAUCGCUAACACUGCCUCCAAGGAUGCCUUCCUCAAGCCCAUCUUUCUGGCCAACGCACCACCCAAAGACCCCCACACCCACCUAAAAGAUCCACACUCCAUAGACUUCAGCCCCAAAGCUCACCUUGUGGAGGAGAUUCUGAAAGACACCAGGGGUCUAACAGACAGAGAAGGGGCCCCUGAGAAGCCCACUAGACCACAGGCCUCCACAUCAUCCUCUACUACUACAGAGACCAUUACUUCCACAUCUGGCCUGCCGGUCUCUCCUGCUGAAGGGUAUGGGCACCAAGGGACCUCCAUAGCCCAGGCUGAGCAGGACGAUUCAUUACCCAGGAAGGAGGUGCCGACAGGGGCCACCCAGGUGGAGCCUGGCCAGGGCGUUACGGAGCCAGCAGAUGUGAGCAGCACAGAAACACAGGAGCCUGGUCCUCAGAGACCCACUGAGACGAGCUCCACAAGCUUCAUCAACUCUAGCAACACCACCAGCCACUGGGUCAAUGGAACAGACAUGGAUGGUCAUCACAUCCAGGUGAAGGAGACCGCAUCAUUAUCUCUUGAUGAUGAUGAUGGUGAAACUCUUCAACACAACGUGACCUCUCCGGAUCUGGCAUCAAACGAGUCCUCACAGUACAAUGAAACCGACACAAGUGACCGUCAUCACAGUCAGGCCAAUGAGACAUCAUCAUCACCACUGUCCGGUGAUGAUCGUGAAACGUCCCUACACAAUGGGACUUCAUCAUAUCUGGCUUCAAACAGGUCAGACCAUCAUCUUGUUAAGGGUGCCACAGGCACAGUGCUGCUCAGGCCUGUGACCAUAACCAGGCGUCCGGUGUGCCCUUACCCUCCCCUGCCCGCUCAUGGCACCUUCUACUUCCGUACGGUAGACAACCCCGGUCCGCAGGACUACAAACACUACAUCCAGUACGCCUGCUAUGCAGGGCACACACUGGCCCACGGGGAUAUCCACAGCUACUGUCUGCAGGGCGGACGGUGGAGUGGUGUCACACCUGUCUGCUUGGAGGUGACCCCCUGCUCCCUGAACAACGGAGGCUGUUCCCAGCUGUGUAGUGUGAACCAGGAACAGGCUCAGUGUCACUGCAGACCAGGCUUCACCCUGCUAGAGGACCACCGUACCUGUAGAGAUGUGGAUGAGUGUGUGGAGGGCCAGCCGCAGCAGCGCUGCCAGCAGACCUGCGUCAACACCUUCGGCUCGUUCCGCUGCUCUUGCCCCAACGGACACAUCCUGGCCGGGGACGGAAGGGCCUGUGUGGCUGAGUGUCCAGCAGGGUACAGGAAACAACCCUCAACCCCAAAACCUGGAGGAAACUCGUCCAGAAAGGCGUGUGUGGACAUCAAUGAAUGUGAGGAGCCAGAGGUCGGUGUACCUGCACACAGGUGUCAGUGGAAGUGUGUCAACCUGCCUGGCUCCCACCGCUGUAUCUGUCCCAGAGGUUACAAACUGUACUCAGACGGACACCACUGCAGAGAUAUCAAUGAAUGUAGCCGUAAGAAUGGUGGCUGCUCUCACCUCUGCCUGAACCAUAAAGGAAGUUACCAGUGUUUCUGUCCUGCCUCUCAGCGCCUCUCCCCCUACAGUAGGAAGAAGUGUCAGCCAAGGAAAGAAAUGCAGAGUAAUGUGUAGCAGAGAUAGGGUGGUGAUAAUUGUAAUUUAAAUCUAAAUAUAAUGUAUUCUAUUGCUUCUACCGUCACUCUGUUCGGCCCUUGAACAAUGAUUUCUACAAUUUCAUCUACAUUUAGUCACUUCAUUUUGCAGAUUUUUUUAGUCAAAUCAUUAUUGAGAACAGUAUUUAAAAAAAAGCAUUCAAAUAUUAUUGUCAUAUUCAGAACAUACCGGAAACAUUGAUUGAGGCUUCCACUGCGUUAUACAGACAUAUUCAGUGAGGGAAAAAAGUAUUUGAUCCCCUG